CACACGCAUCCAACUCCAGCUCCGCUUCACGACGUCUACGCUGCCCCUUGAGCUCAGCUCUUGCGCAAUCUGCCUCGUUCACCUCGCUCCAAUUGAAAUAUCGACAGCGCACACCCCACCGCCGCCACAAUGCCGACCCCCGAAUCCGAAAUGUUCCUGGCGAAGAAGCCCAAGGUCGCACCCACCUUCAGUGGCGUCGACUAUGAGGACAACCAAGCACUCAAGGCUGCACAAGACUCUAUAAUCCGUGAGCAGUGGGUGAAGAGCAUGAUGGCACGGUUAGUGAGGGAAGAGAUGGGGAAGUGCUACCGGAGGGAGGGGGUGAAUCACUUGGAGAAGUGCGGGCCUUUGAGAGAACGUUACUUCGAGCUGCUGAAGGACGCAAAAAUCAAGGGAUACCUCUUCGCGCAAUACAAUUACAUCGACGAGCCACUCAAGAAGCAAUAGACGACGCUGCGAAGGCGAAGGCGUCCUUGCAGGAUCGGCUGGGUGGACACACGAGAUGCUACCAAUGCGCAGGAAGCGACAUAGCGCGCGAAGAUGACGGGGACGACACAAUUAGGCGUUUCGGCAGGUCCUACUUGGAAAGACCUGCGCGUGGAUCUUCACAUUGGCAGACCUGUACAUAUAUGUGCCAAGGAGAGGAGUUACCAUUAUCACAUGAAUCUAAAGUCAACACAUAGUUGCUUAAGUACAGUUUAGGUCCCUUUUAUAAUCUCACUAACAGAAUAUUUAUUCAGGUGUUCUAGUUCCCUUUUGAACUAUAUAUACAGUUAUGCUGGUUGCUAAUAUCUGGUCCUGGCAUGAUGCGGCCAAGCUUGUUGCAUACCGACCCCGCUACCCUUGUACCUGCAUCAACAGCUCCAGACAAACACUCCACCCCU